CUGCCUCCUCUCUCUCUGUCCCUCCUUCGCCUCCCGCCGCCGCCAUGAAGGACGUGCCGGGCUUCCUGCAGCAGAGCCAGAGCUCGGGGCCGGGGCAGGCCGCCGUGUGGCACCGCCUGGAGGAGCUCUACAACAAGAAACUCUGGCACCAGCUGACUCUGCAAGUUCUGGACUUUGUUCAGGACCCUUGCUUUGCCCAAGGAGAUGGACUCAUCAAGCUUUAUGAGAACUUCAUCAGUGAGUUUGAACACAGGGUGAACCCCUUGUCCCUGGUAGAGAUCAUUCUUCAUGUGGUCAGGCAGAUGACAGAUCCCAACGUGGCCCUUACUUUUCUGGAAAAGACUCGCGAAAAGGUAAAAAGCAGCGACGAAGCUGUCAUUUUGUGUAAAACAGCCAUUGGGGCGCUCAAGCUGAACAUUGGAGACCUGCAGGUCACCAAGGAGACCAUUGAGGAGGUUGAGGAGAUGCUGAACAAUCUCCCUGGGGUGACUUCAGUUCACAGCCGCUUCUAUGAUCUCUCCAGCAAGUACUACCAGACAAUUGGGAACCAUGCCUCUUACUAUAAGGAUGCUCUGCGGUUUCUGGGAUGCAUUGAUGUUAAAGAUCUGCCAGUAUCAGAGCAGCAGGAGAGAGCCUUUACCCUGGGACUGGCAGGGCUCUUGGGAGAAGGUGUUUAUAACUUUGGGGAGCUGCUCAUGCACCCCGUUCUGGAGUCCCUGAGAAACACUGAUCGACAGUGGCUGAUUGACACACUUUAUGCCUUCAACAGUGGUAAUGUAGAGACGUUUCAGGCUUUGAAGUCGGCGUGGGGUCAGCAGCCAGAUCUGGCUGCAAAUGAAGCACUUCUGCUGCAAAAGAUUCAACUGUUAUGUCUUAUGGAGAUGACUUUCACCCGACCGGCCAAUCACAGACAGCUCACUUUUGAAGAGAUUGCUAAGAGUGCCAAAGUCACUGUGAACGAGGUGGAGCUGCUGGUGAUGAAGGCGCUCUCGGUAGGCUUGGUAAAGGGCAGUAUUGAUGAAGUUGAUAAGAGGGUGCACAUGACAUGGGUACAACCACGCGUGUUGGAUUUACAACAGAUCAAAGGGAUGAAAGACCGCCUGGAGUUCUGGUGCACAGAUGUGAGGAGCAUGGAGAUGUUGGUGGAGCACCAAGCUCAUGACAUCCUGACAUAGAGGACCUUGCACUACCCCCGGGAGAGUACUUUCUGCUGCUGCUGACGCUGGCAGCACUGAGACCACUGACUCUGUACUGAAUUAUAUCGAA